AUGGCUGACACAGUACGCGAAUACCAAAUCGUUCCCCUGGCGCAGGUGGAUGAUCAGUAUGUAGCUGAUACAGUCGGCGAUAGGCAAUUAUCGAUUGACACAACUGCCCGCGGUCGAAUAGAACCAAUCGCCACUAUGGUGCCUCCUCCUGCUCGGAGCCCUAACCCGUUUGAUCCUUCGGCUUCUAAUUGUCAAAACUGGAUUUUUGAUUACGUCCAAACCCUUGUCGAACACGGUAUCGUUGGAAGCAGCGCUCUUUCGGUCGUUCAAAAUGCCCCAAGCAUACUCUGA